GACGCACGGCUCAAACGCACAGAAACAGCUGGGGAUGGAGCUCUGACGGCGGUACACCUCUCUACCCCUAUCCGCUCAUAGACGCACCAGCAUCGGCCAAGGAUGUGAAAAUACACCGCUCCUCUACUGGAUCAUAGCUGAAUGAAAUAUAUUUUUUGGAGAAGACGACGCAAAACAUCACAAAAUGGACGCUAUUUUGGAGAGUUUAGCGGCAGAUAAACUGUAUCCAUCCGUGAGCAGCAACCUGUUGGACCUGGAAGAACUCGAUGGAGAUUUUCUGUCAAACGUGCCGUUCUCUGGAGAUCAGAUGGAGGACUUCAGCAGUGACCUCUUCAACAGUUUCUUCGACGAUAAUUUUUUAGAGCGGCCAUCUUUAAAUGACCGACCCUCAAUGUUACAUCUAGAACUGGACACAAACCCAGAUAUUCAAGCUGAGCACAGCUACUCUGUGAGUGAAGACUCCGCCCCCCAGAGCCCUGCCCUGUCAAUCACCCAGGACCACGAGGCGGAGUUUGAGUGGAGUUUUAACCAGGACUUGUCGGCCAUUUUGGUGAAGCAGGAGGAGCCAGAUCUGACCCAGUCUAUGGACACAGAGACUACAGAGGACACAGAGAACUUUCAAAACAGAGCCACACUUUGGCAACAUUCGGAGCACAGUGCAGAAGAUGUCAAACCUGUGUCGAUUAAAGAUGAACCCAGAGAGAUGGGGCAGUAUCUCAGUAUGAGCAGUGAUGAGUCGCUGCAGCUUCCUCCAACCCCCCCAAGCAGUAACCACGGUGACAGUGAUGGGUCCUUGCCCCCCUCCUCGCCCCCCCCUCAAAGACCAGGGCGAGCCACGGGAGCUUCGGCUGCGAUAUCCACCUCUCCUCUGCUCACAGCCCCACACAAGUUGCAGGGCUCCGGUCCAUUGAUGCUGACCGAGGAGGAGAAGAGGACUUUGGUGGCAGAGGGUUAUCCAGUCCCCAUCAAACUGCCUCUCACCAAGAGCGAAGAGAAAGCACUGAAGAGAGUACGACGCAAGAUCAAAAACAAGAUCUCAGCUCAAGAAAGUCGAAGGAAGAAGAAGGAGUAUGUGGAAUGUCUGGAGAAAAAGGUGGAAAACUACACGUCAGAAAAUGGAGAUUUAUGGAGAAAAGUAGAAAAUCUUGAGACUGCAAACAGGUCGCUCUUACAGCAGCUGCAGAAGCUCCAGUCUCUGAUCUCGGGGAAGGUGGUCCCUCGCUCCUGUAAAAUUGCCUCCACUCAGACCGGGACCUGCCUCAUGAUGGUGGCGCUGUGCUUCGUCCUGGUCCUAGGCUCCUUCUCUCCCUGCUCGUCUCCUCUCUCCUUGCUUCCUCUCUCCUCCUCCUCUUCAUCGCAGCCUUCAUCUGCACAGCUGCAGUCAGCAGAACUUUACACUACCAGCCACGUGCGUUCGCGCAGCCUCCUCUUCUUCAGUGAGGAGGACCCAGACACAGAGCCUCAAACAUCGGCUCAAGUCCAACUGUCCAGAACCAUCUCAGAGAACAGGACAGACCGGACACAAGCGCUACACAGAGAUCCUAAAGAAGAGGCCCCUGAUGUUUUCUGACAGACAGCUCUCCUCCCUCCUCAGGCAACCUCUCAACUUUGACCUCUGAAACUUUUCUCAUCAUCUCAGUUAACGCUUUACUUCUACUGCCAUCUACUGGACACCUGCCAGUUCUACAUCUGAUCUUAUCCAUUCAACAGCCAGCUCAUUUUUAUUAUCUGGUAAAACUUGACAUGAAAGGGCCAAGCAACUAGUAUUUUAAAUUGUAGUGAUUAGACUUUUCAAUACGUUUAUUUUAGGGCUACAGCAAAUUAGCCUGGCUAGUUAUCGACUUUCUUAUACAUUUUUAGAUACCAACGUCAUAUUUUAAUUGGCUUAUUAAUUGGUAAAAUUGUAUCCAGUCAAUUAUAAUGAUUUGUUUCAUUGAAAAAUAAUAUGAGAGGCUAAACUAAGCUAAACCAGGUAGCAACUGUCAAAGAAGUUAACCCAACCCAAACCUUCACAUAGAAUAUUAAGCUAUGGCUAUAGAUGUUUAAAAUUAAUGUUAGAAAUUUAAAAAAAAAAGUAACAAAGAAUUUUUACAGGAAUUCAACAGAAAUGUUAGAUUUUAAAUGUAUUUAUUUAAGUAAAAGCCAUGGAAAAACCACACUUGCCUCUAAUAGAGUAGUAGCAUCAUUAAAUCUCCAAAACACUAUACAUUUUUAUAAUAAUCAACGUAACUGUAUCAGACUGUAUUGUGGCAAUUUAGUUUUCAAAAUCAGAAGUGAAAAGACAUUGUUCCUUAGCAAUCGUCUACAAAUGUUCCAAUUUUAGAAUAUGAAUUUGAGAAUUGCCAUAACGUAUCAAACUAACUCACCGGUGCCUUCAACUACGUCUUUACAUUCAAAACCUUUAGCCAUUUCAGAGAGUCCCGAAUGAGGGUGGGAAUAUUUUUAUGAGAAAUUGUCUUAGCAGCAUCAAAAAAUUGCAUAUUUAUUUAUGCACAAAAAUAUAUGGAAUUGUAUGUUUUUAUAAAUAACUUUUGCAAAAGAAAAGAAAAAAAAAGAAAUGUGUCUAUAAUAUAUUCUGAGCAUUGAAAAAAGCAUAUUUAUUUGAAUGCACCAAAAAAGAAAGGAUUGUAUUUUUGUCUUUUGCGAUGUGACAUUUUGGACAAAGGUUGAAAAUGUUGAUCUAAUGUUUGUGUUGCACUGCUGUCUCGUGAAAAAAACAAACAAAAAAACUAAAUUUACGGUUAAAGCUGCACUCUGCAAAUUUUCCUGACCUGCUUGUCUCUACAGAGAUGUUAUCACUUUGCCUGGAAUGCCCCACAGUGUGGCAUUAAACAUCUCUAUCUUAUAUUCAAAUAUAGAUGUUUUUAUUGCAAAGAAAAUACCUUAAAAACAUGUAUUCUUAUCGUGGGUGAAUCACCUUUCACUCAGAUCUGACUUAAUGCCAUACAGUGGAACAUUCUAGGCAAAGCAGUAACAUCUCGGUGGAGACAAGCACGUGGCAGAUGAGGAAAGUUACACAGUGCACCUUUAGAAUGCAAAAAGAUUAAUAUUUUUGUAUUUUAUCACCAGAACUUAAACUUCAAACGUUCAAUCAAAUUCAAUUCUGUAAAUACAAAACUCUCCCAUAUAAUUUUUAAUACUGAAAUAAUAUUUGAUUUAAAAGCAAAAAAAAUCUAAAAUAUUCCAAAUGUAUUCAUAUUUUACAUAUAGCAAAUCAUUUACUAACCCCAAAAUAUGUAAAUUGGACACAUUUCAAAUUAUUGUCUAAGCCUACCAACUGCCAACUGAUAACUUAAGUUUAUAAUUAAAUGCCAAAACUUAAAGUGGAAUUAAACACUAAAUCCACUUUUUUCACUGCAAAACUGUGUGUAUGGUGUCUUAAUAGCAUUAUCUACUGCUCAUAGUCUUUUUUUGGGGCAAUUGUAGUGCAAACGUGUUUAAAAAACGCCUAAAUCUAAACUUGUGCUGCCUUCACUGGCCUCUGCAAUUUCAAGUACUAUAUGACAUCACACAGGACUGCCCUGAUCACAGCCAGGUAUUUCUGAUAACAAAUACGGCAGAGUAGGGCAGAGUUUGACAUUAGGUGUUUAGUUCCACUUUAAGACUAUAACUUAAGAUCUUGCAUGUAGGCUUGUAUUUACAAUCUCAUUUUUUAAUUUCAAAGAGACAGACGUUCGUGUAUUUAUUUGUGUUGUAGAAAGCUUGUACAUAUUAGUGAACGGGGACGCCAAGUUAAACCACUAUCGAUUUAAACAUUACCACUAUUCCCACUGACAAAUCAGCAAAAAUUACCCAAAAAUAGCCAUAGAAUCAUAUCGUUAUCAUAUUUUUGUUUUAAUUUACAUUUUUCUUUUUUCAUAUUGCCAAAACCAGUGAAAAUGGACCAAUGUACAUAAAUGAUGCCAAAUUACCGUGUUGUAAAUAGGGGCCUUGUUUUUGUAUUGUGAGAUUUUAACCUGUGGAAAUUAGAAACUAAAACUGGAAAAUUUGGGGUAAAAUUUUGGUUGGGUUUGGAAAAUUUGUUUGAGGGAGGGUUUUAAAAUUGUAAAGACGCCAAGACGACAAAAUGAUAAUUCUAGUUUAAAUGAAUGGAUAAUGAUUGGUUAUUCAAAUUUCAAUUCAGAGUAUUUCCCUAAUAUGAUUUAAAUGUGCACUGCUAUGACCAACAUUGACAGUGAAAAUGAUAAAAAAUGAAUGUAUUUUUUACUAGACAAAAUCUCUAAACUUAAAUAGUAAGCUAACCUCAAAUUCAAGAGAACCUGUUAUAAACCAGGCCUAAACCAAGACUAAAUCAGAACUAAAAAAGGUCUAAACCAAGCCUAAACCAGGACUAAAUCAGCACUAAACUAAGUCUAAACCAGGUAUAAACUAGGACUAUACCAGGACUUAACGAGGACUUAACCAUGAAGUAAUAGUAGUAGUAGUACUUUGAACAAUAUCCCGUCAGAAUAAACCAUUUACAUAUUGUCCAUUCAUUUAAAGCAGUUCUUGUUUUGUGGUCUUGGCCUUGUACAGUACUGCAUGUCUCUCAUAUAUCUCUGUAUCGUAGAAUAGACCGUAGAGUAGUAACAGCAAAAUAUUAAAAAAUGC